AUUAAAAAUCAUAUCUUUGCCCCACUUAAUCUCUCUCUCUCUCUCCCACUCUCUUUCUUCAAAUUCAUAGAAAGAGGCUCUCACUCUCUCUAGUCUUUGGUCACAUUUUUUUUUCCUUUUUUUCAAAAAAAAAAAAACACUCUUCUUAGUGUUUUGCCUACUCUUCCCGCCCAAGCACAUAAGCCAUGAAGAAGAGCAAGGCUCUGGCUUUGGUGGCCACUCUGUCUCUUCUUCUCUUGGCCUUGGCUCAUCCUUCACUCUCAUCAUCUCCGCCGCACAACGACACGUGGGCGCUCACGCAAUUCCGCCUCCAGACUGACACUCACGGCUACCUACUAUCCAACUGGACCGGGGCCGACCCAUGCACCUCAUCCUGGACCGGAGUCAGAUGCUCCAUCUCCAAAUCCCGCGUCGUCGCUCUCUCCCUCCCUUCCCUCAACCUGCGGGGCCCGCUCGACUUCCUCGCCUUCCUCGACCAGCUCCGCUUCCUCGACCUCCACAACAACCGCUUGAACGGCACCGUUUCGCCCCUCACCAACUGCACCAACCUCAAGCUACUCUACCUCGCCGGCAACGACCUCUCAGGUGAGAUUCCGCCUGAGUUUGCCUCCCUCCGGCGACUCCUCCGGCUCGACCUCUCCGACAACAACCUCCGCGGCCCAAUCCCCAGAAACCUCACCGCCCUUACCCGGCUCCUCACGCUCCGGCUCCAGAACAAUGCCCUCUCCGGCGAAGUCCCCGACCUCUCCGGCUCCCUCGCCGACCUCAAAGAACUCAACUUCACCAAUAACGAACUGUACGGACGGCUUCCGGAGGGUCUGCUGCGAAAGUUCGGGGACGAAAGCUUUUCCGGCAACGAAGGACUCUGCGGGGCGAGCCCAUUGCCGGCGUGUUCGUUUACCGGAGCUACUAGUCCUCCGUCGGCGGCUUCAGCUCAAACGGUGCCUUCUAAUCCGAGCCAAUUGCCUCAGACGACGAGCGUAAACGAACCGGAGAAGAAGAAAUCGAGGAAAGGGCUAAGCCCCGGCGCUAUAGUCGCCAUUGUAAUCGCCAAUUGCGUGGCUAUGCUGGUGGUUGUGUCGUUCAUCUUGGCCCAUUACUGCGCGAGAGAUCGAGGUUCGAAUUCGAUCGGCGGAAGCGAGAGUGGGAAGAGAAGGAGCGGGAGCAGCUAUGGCGGCGAUCAGAAGAAGGUGUAUGCCAACAGUGGCGGUGCGGAUAGUGAUGGAACGAACGCCACGGACCGGAGCAAGCUCGUGUUUUUUGACCGGAGGAAGCAGUUUGAGCUGGAAGAUUUGCUCCGGGCGUCAGCGGAGAUGCUGGGGAAAGGAAGCUUGGGGACGGUGUACAAGGCUGUGCUCGACGACGGGUGCACCAUGGCCGUGAAGCGGCUCAAGGACGCGAACCCGUGCGCGAGGAAGGAGUUUGAGCAGUACAUGGAUUUGAUAGGGAAGGUGAAGCACCCAAAUGUGGUGAGGCUCAGUGCUUAUUAUUAUGCCAAGGAGGAGAAGCUUCUUGUCUAUGAUUAUCUCCCUAAUGGAAGCUUGCACUCACUCCUUCAUGGCAAUCGUGGUCCGGGUAGAAUUCCUUUGGAUUGGACCACAAGGAUCAGCUUGAUGCUGGGUGCUGCUCGUGGGCUUGCUCGGAUUCAUGAAGAGUAUAGCUCUGCAAAAGUGCCACAUGGGAAUGUGAAAUCUUCCAAUGUGCUUCUUGACAAGAACGGUGUGGCUUGCAUUUCUGACUUUGGACUCUCUCUGCUUCUGAACCCGGUUCAUGCCAUUGCAAGAUUGGGUGGAUACAGAGCUCCUGAACAGGCAGAGGUCAAGAGGCUGUCUCAGAAGGCGGACGUAUACAGCUUCGGGGUGUUGUUGUUGGAGGUUCUUACAGGGAGAGCUCCGUCCCAGUAUCCAUCUCCGGCUCGCCCUCGUGUUGAGGAGGAGGAGGAGGCGGUGGACCUUCCGAAAUGGGUGAGGUCUGUGGUGAAGGAGGAGUGGACUGGGGAAGUGUUUGAUCAAGAACUUUUGAGGUACAAGAACAUUGAGGAGGAGCUUGUGGCAAUGCUCCAUGUGGGAUUGGCUUGUGUGGUACCUCAGCCUGAAAAGAGGCCUACAAUGGCUGAAGUGGCAAAGAUGAUUGAGGACAUCAGAGUGGAGAGAUCUCCUCUUGGGGAAGACUAUGAUGAAUCCCGCAAUUCACUUUCGCCUUCCCUUGCCACCACUGAAGACGGGCUGGCCUGAUCAUCGCCACCACUCCAUUGUUGCGUAAUGUAAUGGUGUUGCCUGCCUGCACUGUGACUUUGAUUGUCUGUAUCAUCAUCCUCAGUUUCUCACUGCGAAAUGCUGCUUCUGCUGGCUCCUUCUCAGUCCUUAUUUUUUGUGUAGUUGUGGUCUCUGUAAUAUCUGUAAGUCCUUGUAUUUUAUAAAUUUGUCGCAGGUGAGGAGAUUGCUUAUCUUGCCACCAAGUUUAAGAUAGUUUUGUUUAGUUUUCUAUUAUGUAAUGUAGCCGUUGACAAUAAUUAUUUCUGAUUAUUAUCUUCAAAUCACUCUAAAUCUUCAGAGUGGCAGCCGAAGCUGCUUUGCUUGCA